AUGCCAUUAUCCAAACGGAGAUAUGAAGCUAAUCUCAACUACAGGAUAGCAUUCUGUGAAAAUAAAAUAGUUAUAAGGCAUGGUGGUAAUUUGGAUGUAGCAUUGGUUAUAUCAAGAGAUAAGAUAGGAGAGGGUAAAGAGAUGGAGAUAGUAGACCAGGGUAUAACAUCAUCAUCUCAUUGUGGCCCUAUAAUACAGGAGAUUACAGCAUGUGCUCUACUUGGUACUAUUGUUGUUAGUAGUGGUAAUGCGUUCUUAGUAUUGGUAAGUGAUGCUAUACCUAUAUCCAAGUUACCUGGUGGUCAUGUUGUUAUGGAAAUUACUAAAGUAUCAUGUAUACCAUAUGAUCCUAGAUUAUCGGACUCAACAACGCUACUUGCUACUCCUGCUAUACCUCAAGACUCUACCUCAUCAUCAUCAUCAUCAUCAUCUAGCAGUAGUAGUAGUAAUGCUAGUACUGCUGCAGCAUUCGCCUUAGCAGAGAGGGUUGAAAAGUUGUUUGGUAGUGGUGGGUAUUACUAUUGUAGAUCGUAUGAUAUAACACAUAGUCAACAAUGGCAUCAUGAUGAUGAUUCUCGCACUGAUGAUAAUGCCGUAUGGCUGAAAGCUGAUGCUUUAUUCUGUUGGAAUAGGCAUAUGACACAAAAUAUGUUGGGUAAAGAUGCAUUAAUACCUAAUCAUAAUAUUAAUCUCGAUACAUGGUGUACAGUCUUAAUGCAGGGUUACAUUAGCUCACCCACUCCACUAUCUGAUUAUCUAGAUGCCAUCCUUAUUGGUCGUAGAAGUUGUCUAAGAGCUGGUACCAGGUAUAAUCAUCGAGGAUUGGAUGAUUUGGGCGAUGUUGCCAAUUUUGUAGAAACAGAGUUAUUACUAUGUAAUAGAGAUGUGGUAUUAGCAGCACAUAUACAGAUCCGUGGAUCAGUACCUGUCUUCUGGUCACAAAACCCUGGUAGUAAUAGUAGUACCCAACAACUGGAUAUAACACGUAGUAAGGAAAUGACAGUGUUGGGUUAUGAUAAGCAUAUAUCUAGUCUUAUUAAACGGUAUGGUCCUGAUGGAUGUCUAUUCUUAAAUCUAUUAUCAACAGGAAAAGGUGGUAAUGAGGGAAAGCUUAGUACAGCAUUGAAGGAUAUUAUCAACUACUCGCCUCAUACACAUUCAUCCACAAUACAUAUAAUUGAUUAUGAUUUCUCUAGGAUGGUUAAAAGCAACAAUGGUGGUAAUAAGGGAAAGAAUGGUAGUAGUAAUAGUAGAAUACAGACUGGUGUAGUACGUACCAACUGUCUAGACUGUUUAGAUAGGACUAAUGCAGGCCAACUAGCUGUAUCACUCUAUAUAGUACCCAAGAUUCUUACAGCAAUACGUCAACCAGUAUCAACAGAUGUUAAGAAGGUUAUAACAACGUUAUGGGCACAACAUGGUGAUCAAAUAUCGAUGCACUAUACUGGUACUGUAUCGGUGUUGACAACACUAGUAACACAAGGGAAGUGUACAUGGCAGAAUAAAGUAAAACAGAAGGUUAAAAGUGCCAAUAGGUAUCGUAUUAAUAACUUUGGUACCGAUAGAGAUAGGCAAACAGCAAUAGAUCUUACACUCAAGUUGGCUAGAUCUACUCCAACUAUUAACACUACUACUAGUAGUAAUAUUCAUCAACAACAAGCACCUCCUACCCAGAGGAUACAUCUUGGGCCCUCGUCUUCUUCUGGAGACGGUAUUGAUACCCGUCCAAUAACGUUAUGGGUUGGUUCAUGGAAUGUUAAUGCUAGUAAGGUGUGGAAUGGUGAAGAUCUUAGUGAUUGGAUGAGGUUAAGGAAGGAUGAUGAACAAUUCUUUGAGAUCAAUGAUAUAUACGUUGUGGGUAUGCAGGAGUUUGUUGAUCUUAAUGCCAAGGCACUAUUAAAGAGAGGAUUCGCAAGGGUAAAGAAGAAGUUUGAUAGCGAUAAUACAGAGCAUAGUCUACGGAAAGCUGAGUUUGCUGCUCAAUUCAAUGAGAUACUCACCACAGCUCAACUGGCAUCAUCUAAUGGUGGUGAUCGGAGGGAUAAGAAGAGGAAGGCUGAGAAAUAUGUCGAGGUAUGUUGUACAGCUAUGGUUGGUAUAUACAUAUCAGUAUUCGCUAAGGCAUCCAUAGUUAAUAAUAUAUCUAAUGUACAUACUAAGAAGGUUAAAGGUGGUCUAGGGGGUAGUCAUGGUAAUAAGGGUGGUAUAUUGAUGAGUAUGCUUAUUAAUAAGACAUUAAUAACAUUUACUUGUCUACAACUAGAAGCUGGUGAGAGGAUGAUGGAGAUUCGUAAUGAACAAUUAUAUUUAAUAAUGGCGGAGUACAAACAACAACUACGUCAACAUUAUAGUAAUUGUCAAGUACAGAGAAGAAACGAUUAUCUCAAUAUGAUCAGUAUAGACAAGGAGAAUGUUUAG